ACUCACACAGGCAGGAGGAUGCUUUUUCUUAGUGCCAAAGCUCAGCACAGCUCAUUGGGGAGUAGCUACAAGAGAAAAAGGUUGUGUCUCCUUAUCUUUCCAAGUGUUGUUUCAUCCAGGCUUUCUCUGAAGGCUGUCAUAAUGAACGAAAAGUGACUUGCAAACAUCCGGUGACUGGGCAGCCAUCACAAGACAACUGCAUUUUUGUUGUGAAUGAACAGACUGCAGCAACUAUGACAUCUGAAGAAAAGAAAGAUCGGUCGGUAAACAUGAUAAGUGAAGCUGCACACUAUAAUUUGACAUCAGAGUAUGCUGGACAUCCAAUGAGUCCUCUGGGCAGAACAUCACGCUCUUCAAAGAAAGUUCAUAAUUUUGGCAAGAGGUCGAAUUCCAUAAAAAGGAACCCUAAUGCACCUGUUGUUAGACGAGGCUGGCUUUAUAAGCAGGAUAGCACUGGUAUGAAACUCUGGAAGAAACGGUGGUUUGUUCUUUCGGAUCUGUGCCUCUUCUACUAUCGAGAUGAAAAAGAAGAAGGAAUAUUGGGGAGCAUACUUCUUCCCAGCUUUCAGAUAUCUAUGCUGUCUCCUGAAGACCACAUCAAUCGCAAGUACGCUUUUAAGGCAGCUCAUCCAAACAUGAGGACCUAUUAUUUCUGCACAGAUACAGGCAAGGAAAUGGAGCUGUGGAUGAAAGCUAUGAUAGAUGCGGCUCUUGUACAGACAGAACCGGUGAAAAGAGUAGAUAAGAUAACUGCUGAAAAUACACCUCCUCGGGAAGUUAAUAACAUUGCAAACCACCGGGUGCUAAUUAAACCAGAGGCACAGAAUAAUCAGCGAAACAGAGAAGUGAACAGAGGAGAAGACAAAAAGGCCUUAGAAGCAGAAAAAUACGGUUUUCAAAAAGUUGGGCGUGAUAGACCCUUAACCAAAAUCAACAGUGUGAAACAGAAUUCCGAGUACGGGACCUUGCCAGUAAGCUCAGUUCCGCCCGGACAUUAUCGGCCCAUUCAUUUAAAUGGGUCUGAGAAAGCUGUCAACCUUAUUAUGGGAGAUGUUGGAGAUGGAAUCCAUCACAACACUAUUCACUCACACAUAGAAUCUGAACGUGUCAUUCAGAGAACUAAUUCCAUGCUGCAGUUGGAACAGUGGAUUAAAAUACAGAGGGGAAAGGGGCAAGAUGAAGAAACGAGAGGCAUCAUUUCCUAUCAGACCUUACCAAGAAACAUGCCAAGCCACCGAGCCCAAGUUGUACCUCGGUAUCCAGAAGGUUAUCGAACUCUGCCAAGAAACACCAAAACCAGGCCAGAAAGUGUCUGCAGCGUAACGCCAUCGAUGUAUGACAAGACCCUUGGCACAUUGCCAGCUGACGACAAAAGGAGAUCCAUGCGGGAUGAUACCAUGUGGCAACUCUACGAAUGGCAACAGCGGCAGUUUUACAAUAAGCAAACAACUCUUACUAGACACGGUACUUUAAGUAGUCCCAAAACCAUGAUUAAUAUAGCUGAUCAAACAAUGCAUUUGAUUCCCACAUCACCUUCCCAUGGUUCAAUAGCAGGUUUCCAAGGCUAUUCACCUCAGAGGAACUACAGGUCCGAAGUCUCCUCCCCCGUGCAAAGAGGAGAUGUAACAAUUGACCGCAGACAUAGGCCGCACCAUUCAAAGCAGCAUGUCUUUGUGCCUGACAGAAGGUCGAUGCCAGCAGCUCUGAGUGUACAGCCUAUUACUCCCCAGAGCUUGCAAGGCAAAACGCCAGAGGAGCUGACGCUCCUGCUUAUAAAGCUGAGAAGGCAGCAAGCUGAACUGAGUAGUAUCCGGGAACAUACGUUAGCACAACUCAUGCAACUAAAACUUGAGGCCAGCAGCCCAAAGAAUGAGAUUCUUUCUCAUCACCUUCAAAGGAAUGCAAUAUAUUUGGAUCACCAGAUGAAAGAGAAUGAACCUUUAAUCAUCAUGGUUCACACUAUGAUUGAGAACUCGGCGCUAAGACCACAACUGUACCACCAACUGACACAAGAUGAAUGUAGGGGUUCUCUGUACAAAUACAGAUCAGAAGAGUUGGAUAUUGAUACUAAGCUGAGCCGAUUAUGCGAACAAGACAAAGUGGUGCAAGCCCUUGAAGAGAAGCUUCAGCAGCUGCACAAAGAAAAAUACACGCUUGAGCAAGCUUUGCUGUCAGCCAGUCAGGAGAUAGAAAUGAAUGCAGAAAACCCAGCCGCCAUACAAAACGUCAUCUUACAGAGGGAUGAUUUGCAGAAUGGACUUCUUAGCACUUGUCGAGAAGUGUCUCGAGCUACUGCAGAGCUUGAGAGAGCUUGGCGGGAAUAUGACAAGCUAGAAUAUGAUGUGACCGUUACCAAGAACCACAUGCAGGAACACCUGGAGCGCCUUGGAGAAGUUCAGAAUGAGUCGGCGGGCAUACAGCGUGCUCAGAUUCAAAAGGAGCUUUGGCGAAUUCAGGAUGUCAUGGAAGGUUUGAGUAAACACAAGCAGCAAAGGAACAGCACCACAGAGGCAGGUAUCUUAGCAUCAAAGGCUUUUUCAUCUAAGUAUAAAAAUGAGGAAGAGGAAGUAGUCCCACCUCGUCCUCCACUCCCUCGGUCCUAUGACUUUGCAGAGCAUCCUCCCAUAAUCCCCCCUCUGCCCAGUGAUAGCAGCUCCUUGCUCUGUUAUAGCAGGGGCCCAGUACAUCUACCUGACGAGAGGAAGAUUCACCAAGUUCAAGGAUACCAAAGAAAUGGAGCACACUGUGGUCCAGAUUACCGGCUUUAUAAAAGCGAACCUGAGUUAACAACUGUGGCAGAAGUUGAUGAAUCAAAUGGGGAAGAAAAGGGGGAGCCACUUUCUGAGUCAGAAACCUCUGCGACCAAAGGCUCACAUUUUCCCAUUGGAGUUGUUCCUCCCAGAACAAAGUCACCAACUCCAGAGUCUUCAACGAUAGCUUCUUAUGUGACCUUAAGGAAAACAAAAAAGAUAGAUCCAAGAACGGAAAGGCCAAGAAGUGCAGUGGAACAGCUAUGCUUGGCAGAAAGUACUCGCCCCCGAAUGACUGUGGAGGAGCAGAUGGAAAGAAUAAAGAGACACCAGCAGGCUUGUCUGCGCGAGAAGAAGAGAGGACUAAACAUCCUUGGUGUCUCAGAUCUGUCCCCUUCACAAAGCCCAUCCCUUGCCAUUGACAAUCCUUUUAAGCUCUCCCAGAACCAAAGGAAGGACGAUUUUGUGUGCAUUCCUAAAGAAUUAGAGUAUGUCAGAGUAAAUGAUUUGGGCCAAAGCCAUCAGAAUUGUUCAGAAGAGACACCAUGGCUGGAAGAAAACGAUCAAGCAAAUGAAUAUAACUCUGAUUUUAUUACACAGUUGCCAAACAGUGAAAGCCCACUGUCGCCAGAUGUGCUAGACCCAAAGAAGGAGAAUUUUCAACACACAACACCCAUAGAAGUGGGAAGAGCACAGGAUGCUGACAGCAGCUUGAAGGAUGAGGCCCCAGUAGAAAACCACAAACCUGAGAGCAGUACAGAAGAAAGUGAAGACACCAGCUUUCAAGAACAGCAGGAAGAUUUGCUUUCUUCUUUCGAGAUGCCAGCACAGACAUCAAGAGGAAAUUCAACAACAGCAGCUCUCCCAGCUUCUGCAGAAACCAUUCACGGCUGACUUACAGAAUGGACCGAUGAAAAUUCGAAGACCUUGUACAGUCGGAUUUUAUGAAAUCUAUGAAAGUUGUAGUUUUGAUGCUUUGGGCCAUAAUAGAGCAGCAUCUUUAUCACUUCAUGGAAAAUGUUUAUUCCAAGAGAGCUUUAAAUACCCCAUGGUACCCUCGAUAAGUUGGAGGUUGUUCUUCUGACACCAACCUGCUGCUGUGAAUACCAUCCACAUAGCUAAAUGUUCGUUUUUCAUGUGCGGCCUACAAUCAGAACCUUCACUAGUGGGCUUCCCCUGGUGUGUGGUUUUUAAUUAUGACUUCAGUUAAGUUCUUUUUAGCUUUCUGUGUUGGUUUACUUUUACAAACCACCCUUUGGACCUCAUUUCUGCUUUUUAAAAAGGAUCAUGUAUUGUUUUCACUUUUUCAUUUGUAAAUGUUCACUCCCUAUUUAAAAUGUGCCAUUUUUAAAAAUUCAUGCUGAGUUAAGGUGUGCCCUAUUCCUGCUCUGUAAUUAUUUCUCAGUCAAGUUGCAACGUCAGUUACUGCCAUACUGUUGUCAACAAAUACAGGAAUGUUAGUGUUUACUUUUCUCUAGCUUUUUUUUAAUGAAGGUUUAGGGUUCUUGAGGUACUGAGUUCUUCCUCUGUUGGAAUAGGGUGUGUACAGCAAUAAGCAGGUCUUCAGUUUUCAGUUAAGUUUGUGUACAAAUGUAAUUAUGUUCAUUGUGUAUAUACUAUACAAUGAGCACAACCAAUGUAAGUAUAAGAAGCCACUUACUAUUGUUCAAAUACAAAAUGUUCAUAUCUCAUUCUUUUAUAUCAUGUUAUAAAUAAAUGUUGAUGUUCUUAAA